AUACGUUCCUGAGCAUCGCAAGACUAGGCAUGUGUAGAUGCGGCCCAUCCAUCGAUGAUCUUUCCGAGCCACUCAUGAAACGUUUUCAAAAUAACUUUUCUGUACAGCCGAUUAUGCACUUGAGCGUCUAUCAUACCAGUUCAUUACGCUUCUGUUGGCCGCACGUUAAAAUGUGCCCUCCUCCUGAAAGGUUACGUGCAUGUACUCGAACGCCCUGGGACACCUUCCACUAUGUUCGGACGAUCCUCCAGCUGUAGUCUCUUCUUUCUGGCUCUGGGUAGCAGACUAUCUUAUGCUCUGCAACCCCCAUAUGCCAUUCCCAAUUUCGUAUCACUGUCUGACGAUUGGCCUGCUACUUCACAGUGGGACAUACUCAACGCUACAUUGAAUGGACGUUUGUCAGCGCUCAGGCCAUGGGCUGCUGUUUGUUAUACUUCCGACCUCCUUUACAAUGUUGAGGAGUGUCAGGCUGUACUUUCGGGCUACGACAACGAUAUCACUCGAGAAGGAAUAGCUUCUGCUCUUCUUUGGCCAAACUUCGAAGCUUGUGGUUUUGGCAAUGGUUGCCCACUCAAUUACAGCAAUCCACAAAUCAUCAAUGGGAGCACGUGUCACCAGGGCUCUACGCCACCUUACAGUGCCGAAAUAAUGAGUGCGCAAGAUGCUAGUGAGGUCGUGAAGUGGGCUGUCCAGAAUAAAGUUAAAUUGACAGUCAAAAACACAGGACACGAUUAUCUCGGCAGAUCGGCAGCACCAUCCACACUGCAGGUGCAUACUCAUUCGAUGGAUACUCUCAUAUACAAUCAGAGUUUCGUUCCUCAAGGAUCUUCGGCAAGUCCAGUCCCUGCUUUAACCAUGGGUGCUGGAGCACAAAUAUACAACAUUUACGCAUUUGCUGAAGCUAACAACUUUUCUGCUGUCCUCGGAGCUUGUUUAACUGUUGGUGCAGGUGGAGGAUAUGUCCAGGGAGGUGGUCAUGGCUUGCUUGCACCUGUUUAUGGGCUUGCGGCUGAUAACGUCCUUGAAAUCGAAAUUGUUACUGCAGACAGCACCAUUAGGAUCGUUAACGCAAACCAAGACCCCGAAUUGUUCUGGGCCGUUCGUGGUGGCGGCGCUGGUAGUUGGGGAAUUGUUAUCUCGGUCACGAUCCAAGUGUAUCCUGCCACAGCAGUCGCCGCAUCUAUCCUCACCAUUGCACCGAACAUCUCGCAAAACCUAACCUCCCAGGGUAUUGAUAUGAUUUCUCUAUUGGGGAAGUAUCAAAAUCAACUAGUCAACAAUGGUGUUGUGGCCAGCCUGAUUUUAUCUGAAAGUCAAUACCUGCUAUCGUUUUAUUGGCCUACAGCUGCAGCCCCUCUAUCUAUUUUGUUCCCCUUUUUCGAAGAUGUCAUUUCACGGAAUUCAUCUUAUACCGUAGUCUCGAAUACGACGUCUGCUGCCAUGUUUUCCUCUGUCACCGAAGCCGAGACGCAAAGCAUCGGCCCCUUCUACGACGAAUUAAAUUUUUACGGUGCGAACGUCCGGAUGUCCUCCCGUCUGGUUCCUCAGACGAUGUUGACUACUUCCGAGAACAUCGAAAACAUUGCUCAAGCGAUAUGGCAAGGAAUGGAAAUUCUAAAUCAGCCCUUUGGCUCGUCGCCUCCCGGUGUCCUUGGUAGUACUACACCAGUCAUGAUAGUGGGAGAUAUGCCUGCUGCAACACGUACUCGCGCGAAUGAAACAGGGGCAAAUCCAGGGCUUUACGAAGCCUCGUGGCAUAUUAUCUAUGCAGCGCCCUGGACUGUAGGCGCAAGUCAAGAAACAAACAACGCAAUCAUCAACGCCAUUCACACGGCAACCGGCCCUCUUACUGCACUGGGCAUCGAUACCAGCUAUCAGAAUGAAGGAGACGUCUUGGAAGUCGAGUGGCAGCAAGCUUUCUUUGGAGAUAAGUAUCCGGCACUCUCUUCCAUCAAACAGAAAUACGACCCCGAAAACUAUUUUAGUAGCUGGAAGGGGGUUGCCUUUGUAUCGAAUUUGACAGCGUAUCAGUGCUUGAGCCAGUCAUAGAAUUUUAUUUUGGGAAAAUUUUACAUAAGUGUUUGCGGAUCUACUCGUUAAGUAGAAAUACAGCGGGGAACUGGUUUUUCACUUAUUAUUAUGUGUAUGGUAACAAUAUGUAUCUGUCAAUGACUAACGAGCUUGAGGUCUACUC